GAGGGGACGCUUCCCGCGGGCGCGCGGAGCGAGGACGGUGACAGCCACGCGCGCACGUGCGCGCCCGGCUGCAGCGCGGCCCUGAGACCUCCGUCGGCCGCUGAGAGGCGCGCGGGCUCUGGGCAGCCGCCGUCUAAGGGCCCCGUCCGCGGGCGUUCCCAGCGUCCCCGGCCCGAGUCCCGGAGAGCGGGGCCGUGCCCUCCCCGUCGGUCCCCGAUCGCGAUCCUUGCCCAGGGCCGUCAGGGUCCGCCCCCGGGACUCCCCUUUCCGUCCCUGGGCAGGGUCCUCGCGGCCCAUGCUGGCCGCUGGGGGCCCGCGCCGCUCAGACAGCUCUCGGGCCGGCCGGCCGGCCACCAUGGUGGCCCUGAGGCCUGUGCGCCUCCUCCAGGGAGGCUAAAAGGUCCCGAGCGCAGGCCUCGGGGCGCGAGGGUCCUGCGCCUGAGCCCCGCGCCAUGGCCGGGGCUAUCGCUUCCCGAAUGAGCUUCAGCUCGCUCAAGAGGAAACAGCCUAAGACAUUCACCGUGCGGAUCGUCACCAUGGACGCGGAGAUGGAGUUCAAUUGCGAGAUGAAGUGGAAGGGGAAGGACCUGUUUGACUUGGUGUGCCGGACCCUGGGGCUUCGCGAAACCUGGUUCUUCGGCCUGCAGUACACAAUCAAGGACACCGUGGCUUGGCUCAAGAUGGACAAGAAGGUGCUGGAUCACGAUGUCUCAAAGGAAGAGCCGGUCACCUUUCACUUCCUGGCCAAAUUUUAUCCCGAGAAUGCCGAGGAAGAGCUGGUUCAGGAGAUCACGCAACACUUAUUCUUCCUGCAGGUGAAGAAGCAGAUCUUGGAUGAAAAAAUCUACUGCCCUCCCGAGGCGUCUGUGCUCCUGGCUUCUUACGCCGUCCAGGCCAAGUACGGCGACUACGACCCCUCUGUUCACAAGCGGGGGUUUCUGGCCCAAGAGGAAUUGCUUCCUAAAAGGGUAAUAAAUCUGUAUCAGAUGACUCCAGAAAUGUGGGAGGAGAGGAUCACAGCCUGGUACGCGGAGCACCGAGGCCGAGCCAGGGAUGAAGCGGAGAUGGAGUAUUUAAAGAUAGCUCAGGACCUGGAGAUGUAUGGUGUGAACUACUUCACAAUCCGGAAUAAAAAGGGCACAGAGCUGCUGCUCGGAGUGGAUGCUUUGGGGCUUCACAUUUAUGACCCUGAGAACAGGCUGACCCCCAAGAUCUCCUUCCCGUGGAACGAAAUCCGGAACAUCUCCUAUAGCGACAAGGAGUUUACCAUUAAGCCUUUGGAUAAGAAAAUCGAUGUCUUCAAAUUUAACUCCUCAAAGCUUCGUGUCAAUAAGCUGAUUCUGCAGCUGUGUAUUGGGAAUCACGACCUGUUUAUGAGGAGAAGGAAGGCCGAUUCUUUGGAAGUCCAGCAGAUGAAAGCCCAGGCCAGGGAGGAGAAGGCUAGGAAGCAGAUGGAACGGCAGCGCCUCGCUCGGGAGAAGCAGAUGCGAGAGGAGGCUGAGCGCACGCGGGACGAGCUGGAGAGGCGGCUGCUGCAGAUGAAGGAAGAGGCGACGAUGGCCAACGAAGCCCUGAUGCGGUCCGAGGAGACAGCUGACCUGUUGGCCGAAAAGGCCCAGAUCACAGAGGAGGAGGCAAAGCUCCUGGCCCAGAAGGCGGCAGAGGCCGAGCAGGAGAUGCAGCGCAUCAAGGCCACGGCUAUCCGGACGGAGGAGGAGAAGCGCCUGAUGGAGCAGAAGGUGCUGGAGGCCGAGGUGCUGGCGCUGAAGAUGGCCGAGGAGUCAGAGAGGAGGGCCAAGGAGGCCGAUCAGCUGAAGCAGGACCUGCAGGAAGCCCGGGAGGCAGAGCGAAGGGCCAAGCAGAAGCUGCUGGAAAUCACCACCAAGCCCACGUACCCGCCCAUGAACCCACUGCCAGCGCCACUGCCUCCCGACAUGGCAAGCUUCAACCUCGUCGGCGACAGCCUGUCUUUCGACUUCAAGGACACCGACAUGAAGCGGCUUUCCAUGGAGAUAGAGAAAGAGAAGGUGGAAUACAUGGAGAAGAGCAAGCACCUGCAGGAGCAGCUCAACGAGCUCAAGACCGAGAUCGAGGCCUUGAGACUCAAGGAGCGGGAGACGGCCUUGGACAUGCUGCACAGCGAGAGCUCCGACCGGGGUGGCGGCGGCAGCAAGCACAGCACCAUCAAAAAGCCUCAAGCCCAAGGCAGAAGACCUAUCUGCAUUUGAGCCCUCACAGUAGGUUAUGCCCAGCUCACCCUGCAGAGCGCCAAGUCCCGAGUGGCCUUCUUUGAAGAGCUCUAGCAAGUGACCCGGCCACCCCAGGAUCGGCUGCUUCUGCCCGUCUGCCCCUGGCAUCGACGGGAUGGGCCCGACACCACGGGAGCCGCCCGAAGGCAGGCCGAGCGGAGAGCCCAGGCCUUUCGUGUGCAAUUGCCUUGAACUAUGACCCUGCAGAGGGUUCUCUCGUGGGGUUCUAGUUCUCCUGACCUGAGUCUUUAGGUCUUUUUUAAGGAGUAUUUGUCUCUCCUUGUCUGAUGUGGGAUCCUAUGCUUCCUUCCUCCAAAGUACCCUGGAGUGUGUGUCUUACUGUCCUCACCUCCCCCGCCCCGGCUCACCGCCCUGGUCCCCCAGCUGGGAAGUGGCUGUAGGGAGGGGAGUACACAAGCCCCCUGGAGACCCAGAGGCUGGUGCCAUCCCCCACCCCUGCCCCCAGGGUUCCAGAACAUUCAUCUCCUUCCCUAGUAAGGAGCUGGCAUGGAGAGAAGGUGGCUCAGAGUGGCCCGCCUACUCCACGUCAUCAGAGAGCUCGGCCAUGACGAGCCCGGAGAUGGGUGGUCGGCCCAGGCACCCCCCGGGGGCAGUGCUCUGGCUGCCCAUGGUGGGGAGUGGGAACGCAGCUGCGCCCGGGGAAAACCCAGCCCAAGCUGUGGUGAAGGACUGGCUGCUGGCAGAGGGCCUGGGAGGCCAGCCAGGCCUGCACCUGGAACUUGCACCCUACAAAACACUCACUGCCUCUCUUCUGCCCACUCAGACCCAGGUCUGAGAGGUAGGCGGGGUGGGCCUCUCCAGCUGGAUGCUCUCCUGCACGUGGCAGGGCCGCGAGGGGGUUCCCCGUCGCUCUAGUCAGCCCAGCCACGACCAGGGUCUCUGCAGGGCUCUUGAGGCCCCACAGGGAUGUCUCACUGGCCGCGGUCUGUCUUGUUGAUCUGAAGCAUCCUUCCUCCUGGCCACGUGCCGACACAACCCCCUACCUGUGACGGUGCCCGGGCCUCCUUUCUCCCCAGAGCCUUCACUUUACAUUCUCCCUGGGCCGUGGGGGGAGGGGUGCAGGUGACCCCCGGGCCGGGUGGGGAUGGGGAGGCAUAGUCAGUGCUCGGCGCCUGCUGGCACGUGACGCCCCCCCGCCGUGCGCCCACCCCAGGGCCCACACUCGCUCCUCAGUCUGGGGCCACUCUCCCGCCCUUCUUCCUCCAUGGCCUGCUGGACCCACCAGCCUGUUUACGUCCUUCCCACGGGGCUCUUGCGCAGAGUGGCAGGAGGGAAGUCUCAUCCAGUGAGAAGACGCUUCCUACGUGAAGACCUGUGAGGGCCCGGAGAUUUCCCGGGGGCAGAGGUGGUCUCCGGCCAUCCUAAGUGGUUUUGAGAGACUGAGACGCUCACAGAGAUCCUGCCAGAUUCCACGGUCAAGCUGCCCUAGCGGUUGUCCUGGGCUGGCCGCCACCGCCUUGGGCUGCCCUGCCCGCAGCCGCCAGCCCCUUGGGACGUGCAGGGUGGGACUCUGAACACUAGGCAUGAACGGCUGUGGCUGGGAGGUUCCCCUCCGUCUCCCCUGACCCUCCACGGCCUCUAACCCUGAGACAAGGUUCCCGGUGGGGGUCCUCUAGCGUCUGCCCGGCUGUCUCCUCAGGCUCACCACCCUUCCCUGACCUGUAGAUUUAGUCUGUAACAGUGACUGUGGGCCCAGAGCAUGGUGGUCAUUUAUGAAAACGUUGUCGGGCUUUGUGGGGGUUUUAUUUUUAUUAUUAUUAUUAUUAUUAUUUAACUGCUGCUUGUGUGUCUGAAGUCUGUGACCACAGGGGAGCGGGCUGGCAUCUGAGCCGUGUAGGGGAGCUGCCUCUGGGUGGGAGGGGGCCGGCUGGAACACUGCAGUUUUCCUCGGGGACGAGAGCGGGCGGGUACCUCCCGGAGAUGGACAGGCGGAGAGGACGGGACCCUCCGAAGGGUCCUGAGCCCGAGUGGAAGAAGGACUUUGAAAGAGGAGCUUCGUUCUCAGGGCGCAUGCCCACAGCAGAGGCAACUGUGAUGUGUCAGUGGGCGAGCUGAGGGCUUGUCCAGUUAAGGAAGCCCCUGACCUCCACCGAGAGCAGGGCCCUGCCUGGGAUUGUUGGGUUAGAAGCGCCCCUGACGGUCACUGGGUGGAAGCACCGGGCUAGUGGCCCUCGGUGGGGCUGCACCAGCGGCUCUUGGUGGGCGCACGCAGACCACCUCACUGACGUGCUCGCCGCCCCUCCUGGGCCCCGGGGCCUCUGCAGUGUGCGGUCCCUGCUGGACAGCCCCCGCAGCCUUACAUAACGCUUCCUGAGUGACUGCCUUCUGAGUCUUGGGGACAGGCUUCUCUCUCUCCCUCUCUUUUCUCUUUCGAAUCCAAACAGCAUGUCCUGAGGCUGACAACCAGCCACAGUGACUGAGCAUCGCCCGCUGACAGGGCUGAGACCCGGCGGCCCUUGGUGGGGAGAUGGCCGCUGCCCCAGGGCCAGGCCAGCCCCUCUGGGCUUCCAGGGAACCUCCCUUGGUUUUCAAAGACAUCAAACCACCCUCCCCCUCCCAUGGGGCCUCCUGUCAGAGCCGGACCAGGGAAGGCUGUUUUCUAUUCUGGCGGACUGUUGUAAUUUAAAUGAUUGUUUUAAUAAAAAUUCUAAACGGUAAAAA